AUUUGAAAUCAGCCUUGCAAACCUGGUUCAAUAUAUUGGACUAUAUCUUUCCCAUCGAAAAUCAGUUAGAUUAAAUGAGAAGAACAAAAACUCGAAGGCGCUGUCAUGGCUGUACCUAGUAAGGUCACGGAGGACCUCGGUACGAUCUACGCUCGAGUUGCCCAACUCAGCCCCUACAAUUGCCUAAGUAGGACAAGCUCGGCUCUGAUGACUUUGGACUGGAUUUUUGCAGUAACUGUGCCGCUGUUAAUCUGUCGGCUGUUCCAAAGACAUCCCGCUCAUCUGAACAACAAGUCAGUCAGUGAUUAUGCCUCUGAUUGAAUAAAAGCCUGGUUGGCAGUUCCAUAUGUCUGUGAAUUAAUUCGGACUAUUUAUCUGCGAUGAAGGAUCGCAAGCUGGAGCUUAACCGGG